AAUAAAAAAAUUAAAACGGUAACACACGUUACAUUCUCCCCUCAUCUUUUUCCCUCUGUUAUCUCUCUUUCGCUUCAAGGCGUGCCUUCCUCUCUGUUUUUCUUUUGAAACCCUAAAUCCAACCUUCCCCUUCUUUUUUUCAUAGAUAGCCAACUCACUCCUCCUGCUCCGGAUAAUCUCUGGCCAUUCACGCUCUGUUUAUCGCUCUCCCUGUCUCCCAAAUUCUCAUUUCUGUAAUGCAUAUUUCUCGCUCCCGAACGCCGUAUCUUCAACAUCGUUUUAAACCCUAACCCACCGAGCUAAGCGAAGAGAUGCCGGCGAUGCUGAGAGACUGAGAUCUCUGUUGCGGGCUUCACAUGCUCACGAAGAGCGUUAUCCCGGCGGCUUGCUUCAAGGCAACUGAGGAAUCGCAUCCCACUUCCUCGGCAACGGCGGUUGCAGUUACAAAGGUCCAAUCAUCAUCUUUUCAAGCGUCUUCGUUGUCGAUUGGGUUCAUGGAAAAGGAUCAUGGGAACAAAUUUUUUUUGGUCUGAUUUGUCAGAUUCAUUUAAAGAUCGGUGGUAGUUCUCAAGAGGAAAUCAGCCUAGGGUUCAUGUCACUCUGCCUCUCUCUUAUCUUGGGAAAAACAACAAGUUAGGUGGGAAUUUUUACGGCGGCCCUGUCCUUUCUCUGUCCCCUUCCAUCAUGUGGUGUAGAUGAAACAAAUGAACUAUGCUUAGUGUCAACUGAUUCAGAAAAGCUCUUCUCUAAUCUCACCCCUGGAAGGAAUGUUGGAAGAUAACACUCAAAAUCAUCAGAAUGUGGAUUUUAAUUGAUCAUAGGGAGGAGAAUGAAUAACAUGCUUUUCUUCGGCUUCUGAUAAUGGAUAAAGAAAUUUUAUUCCGAGCCGAAAAUGCUGGAAUAAUUACAAUAACACCAAGUGUAGUAUUUGCGUGAUGGAUGACGAUUUGCUUUUGAUGGUCUGCUCUGGUGUUUGCAGUGGCGGCAAUGGCUCUACUAGGGAUUCAACUCUGAUCUCCACAAUAUGCUCAUAUUAUCAAAGUCAGAAAUUGGAAAGGCCAGUUGAACAUACCCGAUCCAGUUACCCGUUCUUUAACUGUGCAGCAGCUUUUGGGUUCAGAGAAGAUGGUUUUUGGCGAAGCAGGAAGAUCAUGCUAUUUCGCUUUCACUCCCUUGGUGGCUCUCUUUUUAGAUAUGAGGCACGCUUUUUUCCCAACCACACACCUGCGGAAGGAAGCACCGUAGCAAUGGCCUUUGGAAAAGGGUCAAAAAAGGCGGCUAUUACACAAAAUCCAAAGUUACACAGAGGAAGGACAACCCUGUAGAUUUGGAAAAUGAUAAAAAAAUUGGUCAAAAAAAGCGGCAAAAGUACACAGAGGGAGGACAGAUUUUGCUGUUUUGUUAGAAAAACAAUUACUAUUUAAUAAAUUAAUGUUAAUUAAUCUACUGCAAUCUUUUUAAUUAAUUUCCUAUGGCAUCUGACCACCUAGUAGCCGUCAGUUUUUGCCUCCCAAAUCUUGGCCUCACCUGUCAAAUAAUAUAUGGAGGAAAUAUAUUGGAAUCAUCUAUAAAAAAAGAUUAAAUAACAUGUGUUUUUUACAUGUGUAUAAUAA